AUGGAUGAGAUUGUUGCUGAGUUUAUCAGGAGGACUAUCCUGAAAAUCCCCGUUGCUAAUAUAUUGAAAAUUCUGAAAAUAUGGAACUUUCUCCCAGAAAGUCAACUGGAGACCAUAAAACUUCGCCAGAACAAGGAAAGCCUUUCUCAGGAAGUGGUUGAGCUUUGUCAGAAGAAACGUGCAAGUUUAAAAGAAGCUGCAAUUUUAGACAUAAUUUAUCAUCAAACUUGCCCAAACAGGAAAAUAUGGACUGUUUAUGAAAUGAAUAAAAUCCCAGGUGAAGAGGUUGUUGACCUUUCUGAUAUGGAAGAAUUUAAAGAUUCUUUUAAGAAAAUUCUUCAAAGAGCUUUAAGAAAUGUGCAUAUCAGCUUCAGAGACAGUGAGGAUAAUUCAGUGUGGAUUCGAAUUGCCUGGGGAACACCUCACAUGAAGCCAAACCAGUACAAAACUACCUACGUGGUCUAUCAUUCGCAGACUCCUUUUGUCUUCGUCUCUCACUGCCGUAUCAAGAGGUACAUUCCAGUGCUCUGUCAGGCACUGAUGACUGCUGGCAGGUACCAUAAGAUCCGACAAAUGGAACUCCAAAGCCUAUAUCUGGAUUCUCUUAAGGCUAUUGUAUUUAAACAGUAUAAUCAGGACUUUGAAACUUGCUACCUUACACCUUUACAGGAAAGAAACUUUGAGACUGAACUAGAUAUGGAUCCAAGGAUCAUUCAUGAAAACAUAAAAGAAAAGGAAAGAAUCCAAAGAGUGACUCAGGAAACUUUUGGGGAUUAUAUCCAACCAAGACUAGAAUUUGCACAGUAUAAGCUUGAAACCAAAUUCAAAACUGACUCUAAAAAAGGCAUCUUGGCUGAAAGGGAAGAACCCUUCAGAUGCCUGGUUAAAUUCUCUAGUCCACAUCUUUUGGAAGCAUUGAAAUCUCUAGCACCCGCUGGUAUUGCAGAUGCACCACUUUCAUCAUUGCUUACUUGUAUACCCCAUAAAGCAAAAAAUUAUUUUACAAUUAGAGAGAAAUAAUUUUUAUUUGGAGUAGACAUAAGUCCUUUGUCUUAUGCUCCACAUUUCAAUAAGAUUCCACUGAGAAAGCAACACUUGCUUUCUUGAUGAACUGGAUUCUUCUCUCUCAGAAAAUCAAACAUAUUUUUCUACCCAUAUGAGAGCAUAUGCAGGUUGGUUUGGCUCCAGCAUUGGGCCCCUAUGGUAUUGCCCUAAAUGGCCUAAAAUGGAGAGGGUUGUGCAAUAACCACUUCUGGUAUGUGUUCUACUAAGUAGGGGCUGCCAUAGUUUCCCCACCUGUCCAACCCUUGAUUUUGUAACUUAACUUGUAACUUCUUUAAUCUUGGCUCAAAGAGGGAAUCACCAAAGUACCAAGUGCUUUAUAUAGUUUAUAGGGAGAACAUGAAAUUGUUUUACAAAUCAGGCCCAUUUAAAGCUCAUAUCAUCAGAUUCCUUUUCAUGUGACAUAGAUUUAGAUAUUCACAGAAACAUGCAUGAACUAUGAAUGGUUUAAUUGGAACUUCUCUUCAUUUUAUGUUUUAUCACAUUUGCAAUUCAUUCAAAUCACUGUAUGCCAA